GAGUGACGCUGUACCUUAGCGACACAAUGAAGUAGCGGUGUAAAUAACCCCUGUAGAUGAAACAGCAUUAUUUAGUUUUUUGUAGAAUUAGAAAUUGGAGUCUUACAUGGUUGUGGUGUUUCGGUUUCGACGGUUAAGCGGUGGAUAUCUUUGAAGUAACUCGCUAAAUUAUUUAGUGGUUGCUUAGUGAGACUGAAACCUCUCAUCUAGCUAACCUCCUUCAGCCUUGCACUGUAGUAUAUCACAGCUAUCAGCAAGUCUGCGCCAUGGAGUUUCCUUUUGACAUUAAUCAGUUGUUCUCUGAGAGGAUCUCCAUUCUGGACCAGAAUCUUGUUGCAAGUCGCCAAUCUAAAGAAAAGCCAGAUCUUCGGGUCAAAAUUGCAACAGUUCUUGAUGAACUUGGGGAAGCCUCAGCAAAGGCACAAGACCUCCCAGCUCCUAUAACAAGUGCUUCCAAGCUGCAGUUCCAGAAGCAUCAGUUGUACCUGAUGAAGGACGGAGAGAGCAGCCGAGGACGGGGUGUGGUUGUGGGAUUUCUGAAGGUUGGCUACAAGAAGUUAUUUCUGCUUGAUCGAAAUGGUGUGCACAUCGAAGUAGAGCCACUGUGUGUUUUGGAUUUCUACAUUGCAGAAAACUUACAGCGACAUGGCUAUGGGCUAGAACUAUUCAAUUUUAUGUUACAGCAUCAGAACGUGGAGCCAGUGUUGUUGGCAUAUGACAGACCUUCCACCAAAUUGCUGGCAUUUCUGGCUAAGCAUUACAAUUUGAGGCAGAGCGUUCCUCAGGUCAAUAACUUUGUUGCCUUUGAGGACUUCUUCUACAAAAGAGCAGUGUCCCAGUUGAGAAGAGUAAAAAAGCCUGAUGGAGAGAUUAAGCCUUAUUCUUUAAUGGAAAGAGAAGCGGUACGCCAAGAGCAGAGGACACUUCCUUGGCCAUUUGCUGCUCCUCAGUCUCCUCACCGCUCAGUAUCUUCCCAGUGCUCCCAGUCUCCCAGUGCGGGCUCCUCUCCCAGGAGGGUGCUUCCAUGUGUCACACAUCCAGCGUUUGCUGGAGACAGCAGGGAGCAGAGCCCACAUUCACCUCUGAUGGACUGCUGCAGGACAAGACGUAGCAAUAGCGAAAAGGGUUUAGUUGCCAGAUCCAACCUGUACAGUCGACACAUGGACAUCAGACAUGCUGGACUCCUGGACAGAAACUCAAGUUGGACACCAAUGGGAGAUCAGACAUGUGCACUGGGUUGGAAAAACGAACACAGUAUUGUCUCUCUGUUGAAGAGAGCCCAGCCUGGCCUGGGAGCGCCGCCUGGACCCCAGAGUGAUGAUGUUUACAGCCUGACUACCACAGAUGGCACAAAGAAGCACCUGGAUUCAGCCGCUGAGUCCCAUGCAACGUCAGACAAGACUAAAGUGUUGGACAAUAAACAGAGCUCAUCUGAAGGCAACCACAAACCUCUAGAGAAAGAUCAUAUCAGAAAACAGCCAGACUGGUCAUGGGCAGUGGGAGGAAACUACUCCACUGCACAGUGGGUCAAGCAGAAUCAGGUUUACAGAAGCACCCGCCCUUGGUGAUCAGGAACAUCUAACAUGGAUGACCAAGAUAAACACAGUAGCCACACAUGGAUAAGCCGGACUACGGUAUUAAAUUAAGCAGAAUGUUCCAAACCAA